UAUACCGCGUUCGCCGACGCCUUUCUUUCUCUCCAGUUUCUCCUCUAUUUCUUCAUUUGUCUGGUUGCUGGUUGAUCGGUCUGGGCCGUAUGGGAACGCCGGAGACGUCGCGCGAGCCGUGCCCGGACCGGAUCCUGGACGACGUCGGCGGGGCGUUCGGGAUGGGGGCGGUGGGAGGGUCGGCCUUCCACUUCAUCAAGGGCCUCUACAACUCCCCCAACGGCGAGCGGCUCGCCGGCGGCGCCCAGGCCGUCCGCAUGAACGCCCCCCGCGUCGGCGGCAGCUUCGCCGUCUGGGGUGGCCUCUUCUCCGCCUUCGACUGCUCCAUGGUCUACCUCCGCCAGAAGGAGGACCCCUGGAACUCCAUUGUCGCCGGCGCCGCCACCGGCGGGUUCCUCCAGAUGCGCCAGGGUGCCGGCCCCGCCGCCCGCUCCGCCCUCUUCGGAGGCAUCCUACUCGCCCUCAUCGAGGGCGCCGGCAUCAUGCUCAACCGAUUCGUCAGCGCCCCCCAGAACAUCCCCGACCCUGCCCUCAUGAUGCCGCCGCCCAACGUCCCCGCCAUGGCCGGCGCUGGAGGCGGCAUCCCCCAGAUGGGAUACCAAUCUACUGUCUCGAUGGCUGACGAUACCACCGGCUCCUUUUCCUCCUCCUCCUCUUCUUGGUUUGGAGGGUGGUUUGGAGACGGGAAGAAGCAGGAUGAUGGGAAGAGUGGACGUGGAGGAAGCAAAACGGAGAUUCUGGAGAGUUUUGAUACGCCGAGCACUCCGAUCCCGACUUUCGAGUACAAGUAGAACAAAGGAACGGGAAUUAUAUUUGUGUAUGAGUUAAUAUUCAUUAAGGGCGAGUUUGCAAGUUCAUAAGAGUGGCUCUGUUGUGUUCUGACCCCUCAAGUUCAAUGGAAGUACCACUGCUGCUGCAACACCAAGAAGUUGUGAGAUUCAUCACUAUUCUUGAGCUAACUUUCUUAGUGAGCAGGGACCCUUCGCCAUUGGCAUCAAAUCGUGGGAAACCAAAAUCUUGAAGAGCUAGCCUUUGAGCAUGUGUGGUUUGUUCAAAAAUAAAGGCGAAUCUCACUGUACUAUUUAUAUGCUUUGCACCUUUGUUUUGCAUUGAAUUGCCUAUAUGACUUGGGAGCAGAAAUCUCUAUCUGAAAUGAUAGUGGAGUCCUGUGUCACACUUUGAGAUGCUUGGGUGAUGAGCUACUUUGUUCGUCUAUUAUUAGAAGCAAUAUUCAAGGGUUGAAACCUAAGUUGUACAAAGUGGUAGUGGAAUCCUGAGGCAGAACUGCUAUGAUAGUCUCAGAAAUCUUUAUUAGAAUGACAAGGUGAUCUAAAUGAGCGGAUGGUUCCUGAAAAUAUCUUGUGUUUCUUGUGGAGAUGAUCUUUCAACAAGAAGUCUGGCUCUUAUCAUUGCUUCUUUACCUACCCUACCGUCCUUAAAAAGGUUGGCCUUAAUGAGGGGCAUCCAACAAAAGUUCAUGGAGGAUUUUGGAAUGAAGUUGAUUUGGUGUAUUAUGACCAUAUUGAAACCCAUGUCCACCGUUUCUUUUUCAUGUUGCUGAGAGGCUGACAUAGCUCUAGUAUACGUAACUUCAUUGGAACUGUCAAAUCGCAUGGGUUGAUGCGAAUUUCUGGAAAUAUCUUGACACAAUGGCGUUGAAGGAUGCUGAAGUAGGGCCUGACUCUGUUUUUGAGACCUUGAUACAGUUGGUUUGCUUGCAUGCGGCGUGAGAGUUUGAAGUAAGCCAUCAUCUGGUAUCUUCUGGAAAUUUAUUAACAAGAAUGAUUUUUAUCUCUGUCAUUUUUUAAUUUUUUUCUUGUUUAAGAGGUCAUCACUCAUCAGUGACCAAACAAUUACAUUCAUCUAGUCACUGUCAUGAAAAAAAAUUGCAAGAGAAGCAGGAAUUGAUUGAA